AUGAUUUAUCCAAGAGUGAAAAACUUCAAAACUCAAACCAAGUGAGCAGUGGAGUUUUGAGAGCAAGAGCACAAAAAGAUUAUGCACAGGCAUGAACGGAAAACGGCGGGAGUGUGCUCCGAACUCCACGUCACUGCGAGCACCUACCAGCUCGGCGAGAACAGUGUGAGCAGAAGAAGAUGCACCUGGAAAGCUCUGGCGUUCUCUUCGCUUUCAGAUGUCGGCCACGGUGGCUCCAGAAGACUACGCGAACAUUGUCUCGAAUCUUCAGUCGGCAGUCUGUCUGAACGUGGCAAGACGUGUCGCGUGCCCCGCGCACGACUCGAAGCUCUGGAGAGAUGCUCCGAUGAGCAGCUGCCAAUUCUGGUCGAUCGUCUGCAAAGUUCUCUUCGUCGUCGUCUCCUUCUUCUACAUUUUCCUGCCGCCCGUCCCGGCGAGAAUGUUCAGAAAGCUGGUAUUUUGUUGUCCACAAAGAGGACGGUAUUACUACCUGAUCGCCGUCAAAGGCAACACUCGGAAGGCAAUUUUCAAAGCGAGCGAAGCGAAGGAUUACGAUCAUCUCACGAUUUGUCUUCCGCAAAUGAUCAAGCCAAAGGUGAGAGCCAUCGACGUCUUCUACCAUCUGCUCAGAUGCAAAGUGUUCACGUUGCCCUACAACGAGAAGCACAGCAUUUGUGUGAUGGAAAUGUAUUGUGAACAGUCGAUUCGGUGGCUUCACAGAGACAAGAAUCGCAAUCACAGAAAGUUAGAUCCAGGAUCCGUUUGAAACUAUCCCUCUCUUUCUUUCCUUCCAGAACCCGCUCGCCAAACCUCAUAAUCUUUUCGCAACCCAACUCGUCCGACCUCGGAUGCUGUCUCAUGAUGGAUCCGAACUUUGCCGACAUUGCCGACUUCCUUCAGUGCGAUCUUCUGAUCUUCGACUACCCGGGAUACGGUGUCAGUGAGGGAACGACCAACGAGAAGAAUGUGUACGCGGCAAUCGACGCGGUUACAAAGUAUGCGAUCGAGAAGCUGGGAUACCCGCCGGAGAAGAUCAUUCUCAUCGGAUUCAGUUUGGGAACGGCGGCGAUGGUGCACGUGGCCGAGCAGUUCAAGGUACUUGAUCACGAGAGCAGACUUGCCAGAUUUCGGGCCGGCCAUGCGGGCCGGGCCGGGUCGGUGAAGUGCCGGCCCGGUCGGCCCGGUUGAAAAGGCGGGAAUUCAAAUUUUCGCGGAAUUUUUUUCGUGAUUACAAAAAAAAUUUUCGAACUAAAGUUUUAGUGUUUCUUCUUUGUUUUUUUUGCUAUUAUGAAUUUUUUAUGAGAAAUACAUUUGUUUUUCAAUGUUCGAUGCUUGCAAAAAACCCCUAAUUCUACAAAAAAUGGCUUCAUGCGAUCAAUAAUUCAAAUUUUUAAUUCCCGCUUUUUGAACCGGGCCGGGCCGGAGUUUUGGCAAUUUCGGCCCGGCCCGGCCCGGCCCGGCCCGUGGCAACUAUGCACGAGAGAGAACGUGUGUGUUCUGUCUUUGAAUUCUGAAUCGCAGGUGGCGGCGCUCGUGCUGAUCGCUCCAUUCACCUCGUUCUUCCGCAUCGCGUGUCGCCGCCCGUCCGUCGUCCGCCCGUGGUUCGACAUGUUUCCGAGCCUCGAAAAGUCGAAAGGAAUCACGUCGCCGACGCUGAUUUGUCACGGUGAACGCGACUAUAUUGUGGGACACGAGCACGGCGAGAAGUUGAAAGCGACUAUUCCGGACUGUGAGCUCCAUUUGCUCAAGAACGCCAGCCAUCAGGUGAAUUUUGCGGCGAUCGACCGCAUUUGCCACGUGGAUUUCAGGGCAUAUUCUGCGAGCGAGAAAUGUGGGACAAAGUGGAAGACUUUCUGGGAAAACGGGUCGGAAUCACUCGCGCCUGGAUCGAACACGUUCAGAGCGGCGAAUCGGCGACCGCCUCGAAAUCAAUGAUAUCUAUAUCACCGGCAUGUUCAUCAUUAUCGCAAUAG